AACUAACCAAAUGCAAAAAGCACUAUCCACUUCAGCUCUUCCUCUGCUCUUUUUAUCCUGCCCCAGGAAUUGGAAGGAACUGAAGCGAGACCAAGCUACCAUUUUUUAUCUCUUAAGUGAUCUGAGCUCUGGGGCUGGAGCUCCACCAUAGUGUGGGAAGGUACAGCAUGGAUCACAUAGGGGCUCAUCACCUGCACCAGAGCCAUGCAGAACCCAUCAGCUUUGGAAUUGAUCAGAUCUUGAACAAUCCAGAUCAAGGGAGUUGUAUGAUUUCCAGUUCCAGGCUCCAGGAUUCGGACUAUGGAUUGGGAUGCAUUGUGAGCAGUGCCUACAACACCAUGACAGGCAGCUACAGCAACAACAACACCGGCGGAUACAACAGCAGCGCCUGCAGCAUGGCCUCCCUGACAGGCUCUUACAAUAUGAACAUGGGGAUGAACAUGAAUGGGAACAACCUCAAUGCUGCUGGGGUGAUUAGGGUUCCUGCCCACAGACCUCUGACUGGCAGCAUGCACCAACCUAUUUCCACUGGAAUGCCUACUGUACCCAGUGUGGGGUCAAUGAACAAUAUGAACAACCUGACAGGGUUAACUUUCCCCUGGAUGGAAAGUAAUAGGAGGUAUACUAAGGACAGAUUCACAGUGGCCCUCUCACCCUUCACUGUAACACGCCGUAUAGGUCACCCGUACCAGAACCGGACACCGCCCAAGAAGAAGAAGCCGCGGACUUCCUUCACCCGCCUGCAGAUCUGCGAGCUGGAGAAGAGGUUCCACCGGCAGAAGUACCUGGCCUCCGCCGAGAGGGCCGCCCUGGCCAAGGCGCUGAAGAUGACCGACGCCCAGGUGAAGACCUGGUUCCAGAACCGCAGGACCAAGUGGAGAAGACAGACAGCUGAAGAAAGGGAAGCAGAAAGACAACAAGCCAACAGGAUAUUAAUGCAACUUCAGCAAGAGGCCUUUCAGAAGUCUAUAAACCAGCCGCUCCAGCCAGAUCCAAUCUGCAUCCACAACUCUUCUCUCUUCGCCCUGCAGAACCUUCAGCCUUGGUCAGAUGACUCCACGAAAAUUACCAGUGUCACUUCUGUGGCCUCUGCCUGCGAAUGAGCAGGAGGACAAAAUAGGUUUUUAUGAGGUGAAAAGACUGGUUGAAAUGAGGACUUUUUACAGAAAUGCAGACACAACCACAAGACAAGACUUGUCGAAGCAACGUCAACACCAAACUUCACUGUCUCUACUGAGUCACGGAAAGCCUCCACCCUCUAUCUCGGAUAUAGAUUUCAUGAUACUACGUUUCUUUGAGUUUUAUACAAUAACAUCAAGGAUCAUAUAUGUCCCCAAAAAUAGCUUAAUGUUUUGCCCUCACUGCCAACGUUGGGCUUAGACACAAUUUAAUGUUCUCUGAUGUCAGAUGUAAUAUUUUCUUAUUAUAAUGGAUUCCGCGUUGAUGUCUUACCCUAAAAAAAUGCCUCUAAUGUGUGGUUGGUGGGGUCCAAACCCUGGGACUCCUAUGGUCAACAGAAUGAGGGUGAGCUCUAGUACCAGAUACAACCACAUUAGGCCUAGAAAAUCUGCUGCCAAGGGGCCCCAGGGUCAGACCUUGACUAAUUCCGCAUUAUUCUAAGGAUAGUUUUUUUGUAUUACUGAAUCUAUCUUACUGACAAUAGAUUAAUUACUUAUAUAUUGGUGCCAUAGCAAUUUAUGAUUUGCCUGUCAAGUACAAAGUUGGCCAACUGAUUGAGUCAAAUCAGCCAUUUAAAAAAAAAAAAAGAAUUGGGCGUAGCUGAUCUAUGUUCUCCAUCUAGAAUUGCAAAAUUUCCCAUGGUGCUUGGGCAUUUUAAAUUUCUUAAAGUGAAGUCCAGAACUGUCAUACAUGUUGUAGUUGGGGUGAUAAAUCCUAUAAAUGUGAGAAGAUACUGACAGUGUAAGGUUAGGACCAUAUGGAGCGUUCAUGAGUUGUUUGGGGCAGGGUCAGCUGCAGUUGAGAACCGCGCAAGCAAUUAGGCUUUAGUUCCCUUUUAUUUGCCUAAUGAAGAUUGCACUGUAUAGCCGGUCAUCAUUUUUAAUGGCUGCGUGGAACUAAAGGUGCCACACGGCUAUUAACAAUUCAGCCCGGCUAUAUAGUGCGGAAUUCAUUAGUUAAAUGUGCUCUGUGUGGUCAUACCCUAAAACAGGAUGACUACAUGGCUGUUCUAUCUCAUUCAACUGCCUUGGUCACAGUAGAAUUGGGUAAGGCUACAUUCACAUGACAUUCAAAACAGGAAAACUAUCCAUUUUUAAUGGGUGUUUUUCACAGAUGUCUUUCUGAAAAACGGCUAUUAAAAACAGACCCUUUAAAUUGCAAAGCCCCCUAUAUAGAGAACCACUACCUGACCUGGUAUAAAAGCACAUUCCAUGGCCAAGACAUGUUCCAUGGCCUAGACAUGUGCAUUUAUUAAGACCGGCAUUUUACACGCCGGUCUUAAUAACCUUGCGCUGGCGGUGGAUCUGCCAAAGUUAU